AUGUUCGAUUUCGAUGACCAUCCUGCUUUCAGACAUUAUCGUAAGAUAAAUGUCACGAUUCAAGAGCUUCUUGAUAGAAGUGUACCAUUCACAACGCGUCGUUGGGCUGCAUUUGGAGUACUUCUUUUCACUUUUUUAGUACGGAUUUUCGUGGCCCAAGGAUGGUACAUUGUGUGUUAUGCUUUAGGAAUAUCGCUCCUUAACAUGUUCUUAGCAUUUUUAACACCAAAGUUCGAUCCUUCUUUAGAGCAAGAGCUGAUGUCGUCGUCUCUCGAAGAAGGAGGGGAAGAACCUCGUGAGCAGGAUGAUGAAUUCAGACCAUUUAUCAGACGCUUACCUGAGUUCAAGUUUUGGUUGAAUGCAACAAUGUUAACAUUUGCGUCAUUGGUUGCUACAUUCUUCUCCAUUUUUGAUAUUCCUGUUUUUUGGCCAAUUUUGCUCGUAUACUUUAUCAUUUUGUUUGUCUUAACCAUGAGAAGACAGAUCCAGCAUAUGAUCAAGUACAAAUAUGUGCCCCUCGACUUGGGAAAAGCAAAGUAUGGGAGCUAA